GAGUGUGGGGAGACGGGUGGCGGAGAGGCUGGGGUGGGAGUUUCACGACGCUGAUGACUUCCACUCGCGGGAGAAUAAAGCCAAGAUGGCGGCAGGUACUCCCCUGUGCGACGCCGACCGCCUGCCAUGGCUGCUCUCCCUGCACGCCCUGCUCUGCCCCUUGCACGCGUUCCCCCUCCCUCCUCCCUCUACACACCGGGGAUCCCAGACACAUGCUCCCCCACAGCACACGUGUCAAGCCCCUGCUGAUUCAUUCGCGCUGUCCCCUUUAUCAUGCUCCUCCCCGCCACGCUCCCCCUCUCCUCCCCCGCCCCAUCCCUCUCCCCCGACCCGUGGCCCGCUGGUGCUGGCGUGCUCCGCCCUCACGCCCACGUACCGCAACGUGCUGAGGUGGGGAGAUGGGUGCAGGUUAGACGCGGAUGUGCGGACCGCAGAGGCAGGGGAUGUGGGGGCAGGGGAUGUGGGGGCAGGGAGGGAAGCGCAGGGCUGUGAGGCAUGUGGGGAAAGAGAGAGUGUGUUGAUGGGUGCGGGGCGUGCAGAGCAUGCUGCCACAGCUGCAAGGGCCAGUGCUGCUGCUUCUGCAGCAGUCAGCAGCCAAUGCGGCCAGCCCAGCGAGGGCAGCAACAGCAGCAGCAGCAGUGGCAAGGGAGGUGCAUGUGGAAGGGGAGAAACGGGCAAUGCGUCAUGCAACCACAUUGGUCGUGGCAGCACAGGCACAUGUCCCGCUGCACCGUGUGCUCCCUUCCUGCCCGCUAACCGUCUCGCUCAGCCGCAGCACACCAGCAGCACAGGCACAGAACACUCUGCACCGUGCGCACCUCGCCUGCUCUUCAUCCUGCUGGACGUUCCUCCCCUCGUGCUGGCAGACAGGCUGGCCCAGCGCCACCACACAGAGGGCCACUUCAUGCCGCCCUGCCUGCUGCCCUCGCAGCUCGCGCUGCUGGCUGUGGGGGAAGGUGAAGGGGAUGUGGUGCGCGUCAAUGCUGAUGGCGACCUGGAGUGCGUGGUGGAUGAUGCUAUGACCCUGCGCUCUGCGCCCUAUUCUCUGCGCCCUAUGCACUGCGCCCUAUGCUCGGCGCCCUAUGCACUGCGCCCCAUGCUCUGCGCCCUAUGCUCUGCGCCCAAUGCUCUGCGCCCUAUGCUCUGCGCCCCAUGCUCUGCGCCCCAUGCUCUGCGCCCCAUGCUCUGCGCCCUAUGCUCUGCGCCCCAUGCUCUGCGCCCUGUGCUCUGCGCCCCAAGGUCUGCGCCCUAUGCUCUGCGCCCCAUGCUCUGCGCCCUAUGCUCUGUUCCCCAUGCUCUGCGCCCUAUGCUCUGCGCCCCAUGCUCUGCGCCCUAUGCUCUACGCCCAUGGCCCACCCUUUCUCCCCCUCAUCCCUGCUUCAUCGCAUUUCCCUCCCUGCUUCACCUCAUUUCCCUCACUGCUUCACCUCAUUUCCCUCCCUGCUUCACCUCAUUUCCCUCACUGCUUCACCUCAUUUCCCUCCCUGCUUCACCUCAUUUCCCUCACUGCUUCACCUCAUUUCCCUCCCUGCUUCACCGCAUUUCCCUCCCUGCUUCACCUCAUUUCCCUCACUGCUUCACCUCAUUUCCCUCACUGCUUCACCUCAUUUCCCUCACUGCUUCACCUCAUUUCCCUCCCUGCUUCACCUCAUUUCCCUCCCUGCUAUCUCUGUUUGUACCCUCCUGCUUCCCUUAUUUCCCCCCCAGCUUCCCCUCAUUUCCCUCCCCCCACCCCCCCCGCUUCCCCUCAUUUUCCCCACUGCUGGCCCCUCAUUUCCCUCCCUUGCUUUCCCUGGUUUCCCCCCCUGCUUCCCCUCGUUUCCCCCCUUGCUUUCCCUUGUUUCCCCCCCUGCUUCCCCUCGUUUCCCCCCUUGCUGUCCCUCGUUUCCCCCCCUGCUUCCCCUCGUUUCCCCCUCUUCUUCACCUCGUUUCAUCUUCCUAUCUCACACUUUCCUUCUCCCCCUCUUCCUAUCUCCCCUCUUCCCUAUCCUCCCUUUUUUUACGGUACUUAUGUCUUUCCCUCUCAGCCCUGCUUUCCUCUCCCCCCUCUUCCCUAUCUCCCCUGUUUGACUUUAGUCUUGUUCCCCCUCCCCAUCCCUCGUAUUCCCUCCCUCUCCUUGGGUAG